AUGGACGGCAACAUCGGCAAUCAGUCGGAGAUUCCAGUACGGCCACGAGCGUGCGAGCGCUGUGCUCAUUCUAAAGCAAAAUGCGUCUGGACAGAUCGGGAGAAGGACGGGAUGAAAGUCUGCGAAAGGUAAUGCCGCUGUUUUUCCAUGAGUACCUGUUUUAUGAUGAAAACAAUAAUUUAUAAUCGCGAUAGAUGUUUCAAGGGGCAUCUUCCAUGCAUCGCUCCUCCACCUGGAACAAGAAAGACGCGAGGGAAAUCGACGUGAGUGGCUUCUCGGCAACAGAAGAAAUAUUCCCAGAUGAUCUGCUGCUAAUCUUAUCAAAGGCGGGUGAAAGCUAUCGAGCAGAAGUUGGAGGGCAUUAUGUCACUACUUGGCGAACAUGAGGAUUUGUUGCAACAUGUGAAUAAAACCUCCGGCCCCUCCGGUUCUCAACCCCAGACCGCCGCUCCUAGACCACCAGUCACCAACUGGAAUAUCCCAAGGUUGGAGAACGAUCGGGUCCAGGUGACUCAGCCAACGUUGCCAUCGUCCUUCACACAACAACUCAACUCUAGAGAGACACAUAA